AUGAGUACAGUUCUGAGAAGAUAUUCAACCCGAGUGGCAAGUUCGUUGAAGAACCUGUCGCUUUUCAAAACACAGGGUUAUGUCAAUGGUGAAUGGAUCAAGUCCAACGCAUCCUUUGACGUCUACGACCCCGGAUUAUAUCCAAAGGCGGAUUCAAAGAUUGCCCGCGUGUCUUGCUAUUCGAAAGCAGACUAUGAUCAUGCAAUUGAGGCUGCUGAUACAGCGUUUCGAACCUUCCGGAAAACCACUGGCCGUGAACGGUCGCAGAUGCUCUUGAACAUGUAUCACUUGAUGAAGGAGAAUCAGGAAGACUUAGCAAAACUCAUUGUUUUUGAAAAUGGGAAGCCAUAUGCGGAUGCUUAUGGAGAGAUAACAUAUGCCGCGUCGUUUUUUCAGUGGUUUAGUGAGGAGGCGCCACAUAUCUGCGGCGAUAUCAUCUCGUCUGCUAAUGCUGCCAACAGAAUUCUUUCGUUCCGCCAGCCAAUCGGCGUAUGCGGAAUUAUCACUCCGUGGAACUUUCCUUCCGCUAUGGUCACUAGGAAGUUAGCUGCUGCCAUAGCUGUGGGAUGUACAGCUGUUGUCAAGCCUGCUUCCGAAACUCCGUUGAGUGCACUAGCACUUGCCCAACUAGCGGAUGAUGCUGGCUUCCCAAAAGGUGUUAUCAAUGUUCUUCCUUCUUCGAGAGCGGCCGAAGCGGGAUUGGCCAUCUGUGAGAACCCAAUUGUCAAGAAGGUGAGCUUUACUGGAUCCACCAACGUCGGGAAGAUUUUGAUGGGGCAAGCAGCAUCCACGAUGAAAAAAUGCUCAUUUGAGUUAGGUGGAAAUGCUCCUUUCAUUGUGUUUGAGGAUACGAACAUUGACCAAGCUGUUUCCGGGGUCGUUGCAUCGAAGUUUCGCAGUAGUGGACAGACAUGCAUUUGCGCCAAUCGUAUUUUUGUUCAUGAGCGCAUCUAUGACGAGUUCAGCGAGCGGCUUGUGGCCAAAAUGGCUGACGAAAGUGUCUUGGGUUACGGGCUUUCGGAGGAAACGACGCACGGUCCCGUUAUUCAUGAACGGUCCUUGGAAAAAGUAAAAGACCAUGUAUCAGACGCAUUGUCGAAAGGCGCAUCUUUGCUUUUAGGUGGUCAGCCUCGGCCAGAGUUAGGUGACUACUACCAUGACCUCACCAUUUUAGGAGAUGUUACGCGUGAGAUGAAGAUAUUCCAUGAGGAAACGUUUGGCCCUGUGUGUCCCUUGAUCAAGUUUUCCACUGAUGAGGAGGUACUUGAGUUGGCAAACGACACAGAAGUAGGAUUGGCGGGCUAUUUCUAUACCAAUGACGUCCUGCGUGUUUUCCGCGUAGCGGAGGAAUUGAAUGUGGGGAUGAUUGGUGUGAAUACCGGUGGAAUUUCUGAAGCGGCAUUGCCCUUUGGAGGCGUCAAAGAGUCCGGCUAUGGAAGAGAAGGAUCUAAAUACGGCAUUGACGACUACUCCGUGGUUAAAUCUAUGGUGUUGGGCUCUAUCCAUUGA